AUAAAAAACACGUGCAUAUUGAUAUAACACUUUACAAGUAGUCACCGACACAUUCAGUUCAAUAAACUAAUAGACAACAUGCCUCCAAAACCAGCAUCUAAAGGAGCCAAGAAAGCAGGGAAAAUCAAAACGCCGAGGUCUGGGGAUAAUAAGAAGAAAAGAAAGCGAAAAGAAUCGUACAGUAUUUAUAUCUAUAAAGUUUUAAAACAAGUUCACCCAGACACGGGAGUCAGUAGUAAAGCCAUGUCAAUAAUGAACAGCUUUGUCAAUGAUAUUUUUGAGAGGAUUGCGGCUGAGGCUUCUAGACUGGCGCACUACAACAAACGUUCUACCAUUACAAGUCGUGAAAUACAGACUGCGGUGAGAUUAUUGUUACCUGGAGAGUUGGCGAAACAUGCGGUCAGCGAGGGAACGAAAGCCGUCACCAAAUACACUAGUAGUAAAUAAGGAGUAUGCACGUGUGUUCUUAAUUGUGACCUAUAUAAUGGAAACUGCUCGAAUGGGUGUUUUUUUUAUUGUGAAUUGUUACUGAUUGUUAUUAUUAUAUUCUACCAAUGAAACAAUCAGUAACACCUGAAUAUUUUAACUAUUGUACCUGUUUUGUGUCAAGAACCACAUAUUUUGUACGAAUGAAUAGACUAACAUGGCGGCAUUUGUUAUAUUGUCGAAGUUUGAACUUUUAAAAUUAUUCCAAAAAGUUUCUGUAGAAAUUAAAAUAUUUGGUAAUAAAGUAGUGUUGUUUUU